GGCUUUCUCUUCUCCUUCUUUCUCUCGCUCUUUCUUCUCUCAAAACUAUACUGGGAUUGGGAAAAAAAAAAAAACAAAAACAAAAGACCUUAGCGUUAUAGGAAACGAUCUUUUUGGCUUUUUUUUUUACCUUUCUUUCUUUUUUUCUAAUACAAUACAAGCUCUCUGUUUCUCUGCCGCUGGCAUUGAACGUGGGCUUUUUCUUCUUAUAUCUCUUGCUCGAUUUCUCACUACCCUUUGAAGCUUUUAGUCUGGGAAAAAAAGAAAAAAAUUAGAUUGAAAAAAACUGAACCAUUUACUUGGAGAUUUUUAUUUUCUACUUUUAAGGACAAAAAAACCCUUUGGAGAGAAUUCAGUAAAAGUGAAGGAAGUUUUGAGGGCUAGCCAUGGCUAAAGAUCAAUUGCAAGUGCUUAAUGCACUUGAUGUGGCAAAAACACAAUGGUACCAUUUCACUGCCAUUGUGAUUGCUGGUAUGGGAUUCUUCACUGAUGCAUAUGAUCUAUUCUGCAUCUCCCUUGUUACUAAGUUGCUUGGCCGCUUGUACUACCAAGUGGAAGGAUCCGCCGAUCCCGGAAAGCUGCCUUCCAAUGUCUCUGCCGCCGUUAAUGGUGUUGCCUUCUGUGGUACCCUUUCAGGCCAGCUUUUCUUUGGCUGGCUUGGUGAUAAAUUGGGAAGAAAACGUGUUUAUGGAAUGACCCUUAUGCUCAUGGUUAUUUGCUCAAUUGCCUCUGGUUUGUCCUUUGGCAAAGAUCCCAAGACUGUUAUGACUACUCUCUGCUUCUUCAGGUUCUGGCUUGGAUUUGGCAUUGGCGGUGACUACCCACUUUCUGCUACAAUCAUGUCUGAGUAUGCCAAUAAAAGGACUAGAGGAGCUUUUAUUGCUGCUGUGUUUGCAAUGCAAGGUUUUGGAAUUUUGGCUGGUGGAAUGGUGGCAAUUAUAAUUUCUUCAGCUUUCAAGACCAAAUUUCCUGCCCCAGCUUAUGAAGUCGAUGCUUCAGCCUCUGUCGUCCCAGAAGCUGAUUAUGUUUGGCGCUUAAUCGUGAUGUUUGGUGCUCUUCCUGCUUUGCUUACUUAUUAUUGGCGUAUGAAAAUGCCUGAAACUGCUCGUUACACUGCCUUGGUUGCUAAGAAUGCCAAACAAGCCGCAGCUGAUAUGUCAAAGGUUCUACAAGUUGAGGUACAAGCUGAACCAGAGAAAUUUGAUCAGACUACAAAGAAAGGGAAUGAUUUUGGAUUGUUCACCAAAGAGUUCCUUCGUCGUCAUGGACUUCACUUGCUUGGAACUGCAAGUACUUGGUUCUUGUUGGAUAUUGCAUUCUACAGUCAGAAUCUGUUUCAGAAGGACAUAUUCUCUGCCAUUGGUUGGAUUCCUAAGGCUAAAACCAUGAGUGCUCUUGAAGAAGUUUUCAGAAUUGCAAGAGCUCAAACUCUUAUUGCUCUCUGCAGCACUGUCCCUGGAUAUUGGUUCACUGUGGCAUUCAUUGAUAAGGUGGGGAGGUUUGCUAUCCAGUUGAUGGGAUUUUUCUUCAUGACUGUCUUCAUGUUUGCCUUGGCUAUUCCUUACCAUCACUGGACUUUAUCAGCAAACAGAAUUGGUUUCGUGGUGAUGUACUCUCUCACCUUCUUCUUCGCCAAUUUCGGUCCCAAUGCCACCACAUUUGUUGUGCCUGCAGAGAUUUUCCCGGCGAGGUUGAGGUCAACAUGCCAUGGUAUAUCAGCUGCAGCAGGGAAGGCUGGUGCAAUGGUUGGUGCUUUUGGAUUUCAGUAUGCCGAACAAGGUUUCGGAGUGAGGAACACGCUCAUAGUUCUUGGUGUGGUGAACUUUUUUGGAAUGGUGUUUACAUUCUUGGUGCCGGAGUCCAAAGGAAAGUCACUGGAGGAUUUGUCAGGUGAAGGUAAGGAAGAAAAUGCAACACCAGCAGCGCCAAUACAGCACUUAGGCAAUGACACUCGAACCGUUCCUGAGGUCUAAUUAAUCUUUCAUCAUCAAAAUAUUAGACAAAGUUUAUGUUCCCAGAUAGUAUGUGUAAAAAAGUCUCUUUUGCUCAGCUUAUAGCCUAGUGAUGGAUGGAAUUAGCUCCUUUUGCUUCUUUUUAACUUUUUUUAAAUGCUUUGUAAAAUUGAGUCUCUGUCUCAGGAAGAGAUUGUAGAUUUAUGUUUUCCUUUUUGCUUAUGAUAGUAUAAAAUAAAUUUUCAAUCCCAAUGUUCUUGAUA